AUGUCCUCUCCCCAGAGAAAGCCUCAACAGGUUCUCGUCUUAGGAGACAUCCAUGAAUCUGCUGUCGAGUACCUGGGCGGGUUCAUGACCACUGUUCACCCGUCCCAAGUACUGGGGGAGCACGAACUGUUGCGGUUGGUCCCGGACUUUGAUGCCCUCAUUGUUCGAUCCGAUACCAAAGUCACCGGGGCACUUCUGCGAGCUGGCCACAAGUUGAAGGUGGUUGCUCGUGCCGGUGUUGGCGUUGACAACAUCGAUGUUCAGGAAGCAACCCGGCUGGGCAUCUUCGUGAUCAAUGAACCAGCAGGCAACGUGGCAGCGGCAGCGGAGCAUACUAUUGCCCUGAUGAUGACCUUGGCAAGACAAAUUCAUGUUGCCAAUAACCAUGUCAAGUCUGGUGGAUGGCAUCGGAGUCGCUUUGAGGGUGUACAAGUUAGGGGCAAAGUCCUAGGCAUUGUCGGUUUUGGCAAAGGCAAGUCACUCGUGGUGCCAUGGUACUUUCUAGUUGAUCAGUUGGCCAAAGGUCUUGGUAUGCGGGUGAUUGCUUACGACCCCUACAUCGCAACCCACGCCGCGAAAGAGAUCGAACGCUUCGAUGACCUGACGAUGUUACUUCCGCAAGUCGAUUUCCUCACAAUCCAUGCGCCUCUGAACGAGUCAACAAAGGGGAUCAUUGGAGCUAGAGAGCUGGCGAAGAUGAAGCCUGGUUCUCGAAUCCUGAAUGUAUCCCGCGGUGGAACGAUCGAUGAAGGUGCUUUGCUUGCCUCGCUUGAGUCAGGCCAUCUUGCUGGAGCCGCUUUGGAUGUCUUUGGCAGCGAACCCCCCAGAGCUGACUCCACCUCCGCCAAGCUCAUUGCUCAUAUGCACGUUGUAGCAACGCCACAUAUCGGUGCGAUUACCGCCGAAGCUUUGGAAACCACAUCCUGGUUGAUCUGUCAAGAAGUUAUUGAUAUCCUGGUGAAAGGCAUGCCGGCUCGAAACACCGUCAACGCUGCGCGGAGCUCAAUCGAGGAACAUGACAUGAUUGAGCCAUUCGUCAGAUUGGCCGAGCAAAUGGGUAUGUGGUAUGCCCAGCGAUUUCCUCGAUCGGUCGGUCGUAAUAUGGCCACUACUACCUUUGAGCUCCGUUACCGAGGAUGCCUGGGCACGAUAGUCAACACGAAGCCUUUGUUCGCGGGAUUCAUCAGGGGACUCUUGGGUCCAAGGAGUGGGCCUCAUGGUCGACCUGUGAGCGUUGUGAACGCAGACAUUGUGGCACGCGAGCGUGGUGUCGUGGUCAGGGAGGUUCUCAACUGUGUGCCAGACGGACAGACUUGGCACACUGAUUCAGUCACUCUUGUGGCACGAUCAUCACUCUCAGCAUCAACGCGCAUCCAUGGAAUCGUCGAACCAUGCGACAAGUGCACAGAAGGAUUUACCCCUGACAUGGACAAGCGUCAGGUUCCGUGUCAUUGUUGCCCAACAAUCGUGUGCCUCGACCGGUUUAAGACGCAGAUUGUACCCGAUGGCAAUCUUCUGAUAUGCGAGUACGAGGAUGAACCUGCCAUGAUUGAGAUGGUGGAGGACUUCCUGUCAGACAUGAACAUCAAAGCCAAUGAGACGACUGUGUAUUCGGUGUGCCCUGAUCUCGAUCUUCGUCAGGAGAUGGAAAUUAAUAACUCUGAUGAAGAUGACAAUGUGCUUGAUCCCACCGAUCAAGAUGAAAGUACUGACUCCGACGACGAUACUCCUCCACCUCUGGGGCAGAUGAAGUUGAUGGUUGUGAAGACGGACCGUGAGGUGCCAGCAAGAGUCGCAGAGCUGCUGACCGUGGUGCACGGGCUACCGGAUGCAUAUGUACUGCGAUUCUGA